CAGCAGCGCUGUUCACUGUCCCAAGAUGGCGGGUAAGCGGGUGCUGCUAAUUUUGGCCAAAGGCGCAGAGGAGAUAGAAGUAGUGAUUCCCACUGAUUUGAUGCGCCGAGCAGGGAUAACGGUAACAGUCGCUGGACUGGCUGGUAGUGGACCAGUAACCUGCAGCCGCAAUGUGGUCAUUUGCCCUGAUGCCAGCUUGGAAGAUGCAGCUAAACAGUGUCCAUAUGAUGCAGUUGUACUACCUGGAGGAAAUUCUGGAAGCCAGAAUUUAGCUGAGUCUCCUGCUGUAAAAGAAGUGUUGAAGGACCAGGAAACUGGGAAGCGUGUGAUUGCUGCUAUCUGUGCAGGCCCCACAGCUCUGCUGGCUCAUGGGAUUGGCUAUGGGCGCAAAGUCACAACCCAUCCCCUGGCUAAGGACAAAAUGAUGGAUGGAGGUAACUAUACCUACUCAGAAGCUCGUGUGGAAGUAGAUGGGAACAUCAUCACCAGCAGAGGGCCAGGCACCAGCUUUGAAUUUAGCCUUGCAAUUAUUGAAGCACUUCUGGGAAAAGAGGUGGCUGAGAAGGUCAAAGCCCCCUUGGUUCUGUGAAAUUGCCAUCCUUGGAACUCUGUGUGGUUAGGGGAUAGGUGAAGGGAAUGGUUGAAUUGAUUGUUUUGAAGAUGGAAAGCCCCUUGUGCUUCAUUAAGAGAUAAUGAAUUAAACUAAUGUCUUUAAAACUGUCAAAUUAAAUGUUACAAAUGCAGCAGGGCUACAGAAUGUAAACUUGGUAGAUUUAAAUCCUGAUGGUAUCCAAUGACAUAAAAAGCUGCACCUGAAUUUUUGUUUAACUUUUAUUAUGUGAAACAAAUAAUUGAGAUGUGAACCAACUUGAAUUUUUGCUUUUACUGUAGUUCAGAUUUGAACAAGUCAUUGUUCAGUUCAGUUCCAAUUCCCUGAACCUGCUGUGUGCUGCUUUUUUCCAUGUACCUUCUAAACACCAAUUUCUCUUUCUGCAUUUGUGUACUUUUGCAGAUUACUCAGCUGAUUUCUUAAAAUAUGUCCUAAUUUAAAAAAAACAUUUGAUUUCCUAUGAAUGUUUAAUGGAUGUUUAGUGGAAAGUGUAGGAUUAGUUAAAAUGCCACAAAUUAUUAGGCUUUAGAAUUCCCACUUGUUUAGCUAGAUCUGAAGCCUUUGAAUAGACACUAAGCAAUGGUAAUUGAGCAUUCACUGCCUAGUAAAUUGGCUGUUUAAAUAUCAAAAAUCCUGGUCCAGUUCAAGUAGCUUUACUUAUUGCAAGAAAUAAAAAAAAUUAUCAGUG